GUAUGGGAGGCGGUCUGUGCUGAUCUGGUCCUACCUGCAGCUGGGGGUCCUGGGGUGCAGCUCGGCUUUCCUUCCUUCGUACUCCACCUACUGCGCCUUCAGGUUCCUGAGCGGCAUGGCUGUCUCUGGAGUCAUUCUGAACGGAUUCUCUCUGAAGGUGGAGUGGAUCCCCACCAAACAGAGGACUCUGGUUGGAACUCUCACUUCCUUCUUCUUCACGUUUGGUCAGAUGAUCCUGGCGGGGCUUGCCUAUUGGCUGAGAGACUGGAGGAAACUUCAGCUGGUGGUGUGUCUGCCCCAGUUCCUGUUCUUCUCCUACACCUGGUGGUUCUCGGAGUCGGCCCGCUGGUUGGUUCUGAAUCGUCGUUCUGAAGACGCUCUGAAGUCUCUGCACCGAGUCGCUCGAGUCAACGGGAAGAAAGACAUCGAGAACACGUUAACGCUGGAGGUGCUGCACUCCCAUAUGAAGAAGGAGAUGGACUCGAGCCGAUCGACCUUCACAGCGUACGACCUUCUGAGGACGAGACAAAUUCGACGCAUCUCCAUCUGCCUGAUGGUGGUCUGGUUUGCCACCAGCUUUGCGUAUUAUGGUCUGGCGAUGGACCUGCAGAAGUUUGGGGUGAGUAUCUACCAGAUCCAGCUGAUCUUCGGGGCCAUGGAUUUUCCCGCCAAGCUGGGGGCUCUGGGCAUGCUCAGUUACCUGGGGAGACGUGUCUCUCAGGCCACCUGCCUGUUCGUCUCCGCCCUCUUCAUCUUUGCCAACAUCCUGGUCCCUGCAGACAUGCAGACGGUUCGCACCAUACUGGCCUGUCUGGGUAAAUGCUUCACCUCGGCCUCCUUCACCACCGUGUACCUAUACACAGGUGAGCUGUACCCCACCGUGCUCAGGCAGACAGGAUUGGGCUUUGUUUCCACCAUGGCGAGGGUCGGCAGCAUGGCGGCGCCCGCGGUCCUGAUCCUUGAUGAGGUACUCCCUGCUCUGCCCAGUGUUGUUUACGGGGGGGCGGCAGUGUUAGCCAGCGUCUUCGCCUGCUUCCUGCCGGAGACGCUCAACAAGCCGCUGCCCGACACCAUCGAGGAUGUGGAGGAGAACGGGUCGGAAACAAACCUCGCCCCUCUUUAACCAGAAGCAGGCGUGGCUUUAAAAGAACUGGAGGAGGCAGAGGGGAGUGACCUCAACGCUCUCUGACCAAUCACAUGGACCCUGACCCCCCCAAUUAUCUGACCAAUCACAUGGACCCUGACCCCCCCCCAAUGCUCUGACCAAUCACACGGAUCCUGACCCCCCCCACGCUCUGACCAAUCACACAGACCCUGACCCCCCCCACGCUCUGACCAAUCACACAGACCC